AUGAGGUCUGAAAAGGAGCAAAUGACGGCGAGCAAGGACAAGGGACUCGUCGAGAUACAGUUCAGGGACAACUCCGGGGACCAGGACAACAUUCCCAAACAGAAAGAAGAGAAGAAAGAGGUUUUUACGAAGGUGGUCAUUCGAAGGCUCCCACCUCACCUGACCAAGGAGCAGUUAGAAGAACAACUCAGCCCGCUUCCUUCCUACGAUUACUUUGAGUUCUUCCCAGCCGAUCCAAGUUUGUACCCACAUCUUUUCUCCAGAGCCUACAUCAACUUUAAAAACCAGGAUGAUAUCCUUCUCUUCAGAGACAGAUUUGAUGGCUACGUCUUCAUUGACAACAAAGGUCAGGAGUUCCCUGCUGUGGUAGAGUUUGCCCCCUUUCAGAAAGUCUCCAAGAAGAAGCUCAAAAAGAAAGAUGCCAAAGCCGGAAGCAUCGAAGAAGACCCGGAAUACAAGCGAUUCUUGGAAAACUACUCCUGUGAUGAAGAGAAGUCCAUGGCUAAUCCUGAGACCCUUCUGGGGGAAAUCGAGGCCAAGACAAGAGAGCUGAUAGCCAAACGGACAACACCCCUUUUGGAGUACAUCAGAAACAAGAAAAUGGAGAAGCAGAGAAUCCGCGAGGAGAAACGAGAGGAGAGGCGACGGCGAGAGUUUGAGAAGAAGCGACAGCGGGAGGAAGAGAAACGGAAGCGACGCGAGGAGGAGAGGCGCAAACGGAAAGAAGCCGAGAAACAGAAGAAACUCUCGGACAAAGACAUUAAAAUCAAGCUGCUGAAGAAGAGCGACAGGGACGAAGACGUGGACUCGGACCGCGUAAAGGACAAAAGUGAAGUCGGGGAUGUGGAAAGAGGAAAAUGGGAAAAAUCUGGCGGACAGAUGAAGUCCAAGGAUUCAAAGGAAAAAGGUCAACCCGAGAGCGACAAAGAGCAGCAGCCUCAGCCUCGCCGCCAACGCGACAAAGACCACCGCGGGAAAGACGACGACAGGAAGCGCCAGAGGCACCAUUACGACUUUGAUAAGUUUUCGCGGCGUAAAGACGAGACCAAGUGGGGUAAGGGUUACUGCCAGGACCGCGCCAAGAAGGAGGGCCAUCACCACGCCUACGUCUUCUGCCCCGACAGCGGAGAUAAGCAGAUGAAGGAAGACCGGGACGAGCUGGCAAACAGGAAGGAGCGCCUCCGAAACAAGGUGAGCGAGAAGGACCGCCCAGCCAUGCAGCUGUACCAACCGGGCACGCGAAAUCGCAAAGGCAUCAACUCGGCCGGCAAAGGCUACGAUUGCGUGCAAGCCGGUCACUCGCCGGAGAACGAGGCGGGGGCUUGCUUCGAGGUGGCCGCCAUGGCGACAGUGUUGGACAAAGCCUACGACAAUAGCAACGACGAGCACUUCACCGCCCCACGCUCCGCUCCCACCUCUGACCAGGCCGGGACGCACACCUGCACGCCACGACGCUACCACUCGCUAGAUAGGGACGUUAACCACUGCGCCAAUAAAGCUCAAGCCAACGGCACAGCUGCCAGCGUCCCUACAUGA